UACGCAACGAAGCAAAGUAGGUACCGGUAACUUCCUUUAAAUGGUGCCGCGCGGUCUAUGGAACAGAGCUUGAUUGCUAUCACACACAGAUGGGGAGUGUGGCGAGAAUGACGAGGCCUUAUCGGGCAGCCAUGAAGAAAGAAUGGCAAGAGAUGCUAGAUUUCUACAUGGAUCAAUAUGAAUGCUUUGGUUUUCCUCUGUCGAACGUUACCAAGGACUCUGUGUUUCAUAUUGCUGUGCACAGCAGAAACGUGAAGCUGCUCAAUGAUUUGCUAGAGAUUAAUGCAGAAGCACUUCUACUUCCGAAUUUAACGGGAAACACAGCACUUCACGAGGCGGCUGCUUAUGGAAAUGUUGAAAUGGCAGAACUCUUAAUUAUGUAUGACGAAAAAGAAACUAAACCUGGUGGCCAACGGGCAGUUGAUAUAAACAAUCACAUUGGCGAAACUCCUUUGUUUAGGGCAGCUGCAUUUGGUAGGACACAAAUGGUUGAGUUUUUAGCCAAAAAAGUUGGGGACAACUACAAGAGUUUUCACCGCAGGCGGAAGGACGGCAUGACCAUUCUUCAUAUGGCUGUCCUCAGCAGAUGCUUUGAUACAGCUCUGAAGGUGCUGGAAUGGGAGGAUAUGCUUGGAGACUGGGUGGACGAGAAUGGCAUGACAUGUCUUCAGCUGCUAGCUAACAUGCCAUCUGCUUUCAAAAGCGGUUAUCCCAUGAGCAUAUUGAAGCGGCUGCUCUAUCUCUGCCUUCCAGAUGAAGACAAAUUUGGUGUCGGAACACCGGUUACUUCAAGUGGAAGAGAAGAACCAGAGUCUGGCCGUUACAGGAGUUCCCCUGGCAGAUUCAGAAGCUUGAAUGCCUGUAUAGCCACUUCAUGGAUUUGUGUGUGGAAGUGUAUAGCUCAAGAAUUCCCAGACAUUAGAGAACUGUGGAACAUAAAAAGCCAGCACAAAAGCGCGGUUAAGUUUGUUAAACUUCUCGCUACACGGGACCUGACAUGGAUGAGAAUAAAAGUUGGAGAAAAACCUGAACAACUCAGUAUAUUUGACAACAUGGAGGAAAAUGAAUCAAAUGAUGGAAAAGGAAGUACCCCUGACCAGAAGGGGAGUUCGGACUCAGCGGAAGCAUCUAUAUCCCGUCCUCAAGAUCCAGAAGAGCUUCCACGGAUUACAAAUCAAGAUACUGCAUCACUUUCUGAGGCUCCACUAAUUUCAGCUGCAAGAAAUGGGAUCAUUGAGAUCGUAGAGGUCAUUCUGCAACUGUAUCCUCAGGCAAUUGAACACAAAAAUGACAGAGGUGAGAAUAUACUUCAUGUUGUAGCAAGACAUGGAAGGAAAGAAAUCAUGCAUCUUCUCCAACAUUCUCAUGCUCUGAGAUCAAGGCUUAGGAGGACGAUCAACAACAAUGGUGAUAGCAUUUUGCAUCAAGCUGCAUACUUUCGCGAGCAUGAGCUGACUGACAGGCCUGGGGAAGCUCUUUUAAUGCAGUCAGAGAUACAAUGGUUUAAGCAAGUGCGGAAAAUUGUACCUCCGUAUUUCAUCAACCACCGCAAUAACCAAGCUCUGACCGCUGAAGAAUUGUUCACCAAGCAACAUCAGGAGUUGGUAGAGAACGGCCGAAAAUGGAUAGAUCAAACAACAAAAGCAUGCACUAUAGUUGCUGUCCUAAUAGCCACCGUUGCUUUUACCUGUGCAUACACCAUCCCCGGCGGUUCCAACUCAAAAACAGGCCAUCCAUUGCUCCUCGAGGAAACUCCAUUUCGCACCUUCGCAGUCUCAGACACGUUAUCACUCUGCUUCUCCCUGACUUCCGUGGUAGUUUUCCUAUCCAUUAUGACAUCGAGAAUGCACGAACGAGAUUUCCGGAGGUCUCUUCCGUUGAAGAUCGCAAUCGGCCUAAGUACAUUGUUCUUUUCCGUGACGGCCAUGAUGGUUGCUUUUGCUGCUACACUAGUGCUUAUGAUACAGCAGAGGCUACAUUGGGCUGCAAUCCCAAUUUAUACAUUGGCAUGUUUCCCGGUCACUAUUUUUCUUGUUCUCCAGUUCCCUCUCUAUCUCAAUAUUGUUUGGUUUACCGUGAGUGAUCUUCUGCUGAGUUUCGUUGACUUGCUUCCUUCUGGAACAAGUAUGGUUCGGAACCGGCCUCUGCGCUAGGACUUGGGGGUUGUUAUUUAGCCAUGCCAGUCUGUUUUCCCCACUUUUUGGUUUUCGGCAGGUCUGUAUUUUUUUUUUGUUAAAAAAAAUGUAUUUUGAGUGUGUUUCUUAGAUUUUUUUAUGCCCUUUAUCUUCUCUUUUCCUAAAUUUAUUGUGCUAUGAAUAGUGUAAAACAUUAAAUACAACAUUCCAAAUAUAUAUUAUUUACAUUUCUU